AUGCCUCCCAAGAAAGCAACCAGCGUGACCAAGAAGGCCGCCCCGUCGGCGCACGCCUCCUACCGCGAUAUGAUCAAGGAUGCCAUUGUCAACCUGAAAGAGCGCAAUGGUUCCAGCCGCCAGGCCAUCAAGAAGUAUGUGUCUUCCAACAACAAGAUCAACGUCGCGUCGCAGGCGACCUUCGAUGCCCAGUUCAACAAGGCCAUCAAGGCUGGUGUUGAGAAGGGCGAGUUCACUCAGCCCAAGGGCCCCUCUGGCCCCGUGAAGCUGGCUAAGAAGGAGGCGGCCCCCAAGCCUGCCGCUAAGCCCGCUGUGAAGAAGGAGAAGGUCGCUCCUGCCAAGAAGCCUGCCGCCAAGGCCCCCGCCAGCAAGAAGCCGGCUGCCAAGAAGGCCGCCCCCAAGGCGACGCCCAAGACCACUGCUGCUAAGAAGACCAGCACCACCAAGAAGACGGCGACCAAGCCCAAGGCCAACUCUGGUAAGGCCCGCAAGACCAAGACCGCCACUGUCGCUCCGGCUAUCGUUGAGCAACCCAAGGUCAUCGGCAAGACCAAGUCUGGCCGGGUCACCAAGACCACAGCGGCGCCUAAGCCCGCCGCCAAGAAGCGUGCGACCACCAAGAAAUAG